AAAAUCCAUAACCGGAAGUGCCAUCACAUCAAAACUCCGGCGACUCUGACACGUUGGAAGUUGACAGUUUUCUAUCAAAUACAGAUAAUUUAACGUUUUAUUUGUUGCAAGACUGAUGCAGCAAUGCUGACAAAGUUUGAAACUAAGUCAGCCCGAGUUAAAGGGUUGUCUUUCCACCCAAAGCGACCAUGGGUGUUAACCAGCUUGUUCAACGGUGUCAUUCAGCUCUGGGACUAUCGCAUGUGUACACUAAUCGACAAGUUUGAUGAACAUGAUGGACCAGUCAGAGGGAUUUGCUUCCAUUCUCAGCAGCCGUUGUUUGUAUCUGGAGGUGAUGACUACAAGAUUAAGGUGUGGAACUACAAACAGCGGCGAUGUCUGUUCACCCUGCUAGGGCAUCAAGAUUACAUCCGAACAACCACUUUUCAUCAUGAGUAUCCAUGGAUCUUGAGUGCCUCUGAUGACCAGACCAUUCGAAUCUGGAACUGGCAGUCGCGUAAUUGCAUCUGUGUGUUAGCCGGCCACAGCCACUUUGUAAUGUGUGCUCAGUUUCACCUGUCCGAGGAUCUGAUUGUUUCCGCCUCCCUCGAUCAGACGGUACGAGUUUGGGACAUCUCGGGACUUCGCAAGAAAAAUGUCUCCCCAGAACAACAGCAACAGAGAUCAAAUUCUCUGGAGGACCGUCUUCGUAACUCUGGCCAGCCCGAUCUGUUUGGCAUGUCGGAUGCAGUGGUAAAACACGUCCUUGAAGGCCAUGAUAGGGGAGUUAAUUGGUGCGCUUUCCACCCAUCGCUGCCCUUGAUUGUGUCGGGAGCAGAUGAUAGACAGGUCAAGCUGUGGAGAAUGAAUGAAUCAAAGGCUUGGGAGGUUGAUACAUGCCGAGGCCAUUAUAACAACGUUUCCUGUUGUCUGUUCCAUCCAAGACAGGAGCUGAUACUGAGUAACUCUGAGGACAAGAGUAUCAGAGUCUGGGACAUGAGCAAGAGGACUGGAGUUCAGACAUUCAGACGUGAACAUGACCGUUUCUGGGUGAUGAAUGCCCACCCGACUCUGAAUGUGUUUGCAGCAGGGCAUGACAGUGGCAUGAUUAUAUUCAAGCUGGAACGAGAACGCCCUGCCUACGCAGUGCAAGGAAACAUUCUGUAUUAUGUGAAGGAGAAACUGCUGCGGAAGUUGGAUUUCACGACAAACAAGGACGUUCCUUGCAUGCAGCUCCGAGGUGGCUCCAGGUCGCCUGUGUUCUGCAUGUCAUACAACCCAGCCGAGAAUGCUGUCCUCAUGGUUAUUAGAGCCAGCAAUGUUGAGAACAGUACCUAUGACCUGUACUCCAUCCCCAAGGACAGUGAUGCCAAGAACCCUGAUGCCCCAGACAGUAAAAGGUCCUCGGGCUUAUCAGCUGUUUGGGUUGCCAGGAACAGGUUUGCCGUGCUGGACAGAACUCACUCGAUUGUAAUCAAGAAUUUGAAGAAUGAGAUAACCAAGAAGGUUCAGACGCCAAACUGCGAGGACAUCUUCUAUGCCGGCACUGGGUGUCUUCUACUGAAGGACAGUGACAGUGUUACACUGUUUGAUGUUCAACAGAAAAGGUCGCUUGCCUCUGUGAAGAUGUCGAAGGUGAAGUUCGUCAUCUGGUCAGCUGAUAUGUCACAUGUAGCCCUCAUCAGUAAACAUGUGAUCACAAUCUGCAACCGUAAGCUGGAAAGCCUGUGCACCAUACACGAGAACAUCAAGGUGAAGAGCGGCGCAUGGGAGGAAAGCGGGGUGUUUGUAUACACCACCAGCAACCACAUCAAAUACGCCCUCACUAAUGGUGACCAUGGUAUUAUCCGUACCCUGGACCUGCCCAUCUACAUCACCCGUAUCAAGGGCAACAGUGUGUUCUGUUUGGACCGAGAAGGACGACCCAGGGUGAUGGCCAUUGACCCAACAGAAUUCAAGUUCAAACUGGCCCUGGUCAACAGGAAAUAUGAUGAGGUUCUACACAUGGUGCGACAUGCCAAGCUGGUGGGCCAGUCCAUCAUCUCCUAUCUACAGAAGAAGGGCUACCCUGAGGUGGCUCUGCACUUUGUCAAGGAUGAGAAAACAAGAUUUGGUCUUGCUCUGGAGUGUGGAAAUCUUGAGAUUGCCCUGGAAGCAGCUAGGGCCCUGGAUGACCCAGCAUGUUGGGAGAAGCUAGGAGAAGCAGCCCUGCUCCAGGGAAACCAUCAGAUAGUGGAAAUGGCGUACCAGAGGACCAAGAACUUUGACAAGCUGUCCUUCCUCUACCUGAUCACUGGAAAUCUGGAGAAGCUGAGGAAGAUGACAAAGAUUGCUGAGAUCCGUAAGGAUACAAGUGGACAUUUCCAGAAUGCUCUCUUCUUGGGUGAUGUUCAGGAGCGAGUGAAAAUCCUAUCCAACUGUGGACAAAAAUCACUAGCCUACCUGACUGCGGCCACUAAUGGACUAGAGGAGGAGGCAUCCACUUUGAAAGAGUCGUUUGGAGAGGAGGAAAGGGUGCCUGACCUGUAUCCUGGUGCCACCCUGCUGAAUCCCCCACCCCCUAUAACACAGCAAGAAGCCAACUGGCCACUGCUUACAAUGUCCAAGGGAUUCUUUGAAGGAGCAAUGGCUGCACGUGGAGGCCAACAAAACAAGAUGGCUGCCGCAGACGAUAUCGAGAUUGAGGGAGCUGGAGAGGGCUGGGGAGACGAUGAUAUCAAAUUGGAUGAUGAUGACGAGUUUGGUGGAGAGGAAGCAGGCGUUGGUGGGGAGGAUGGUACGGAGGGAGGGGGCUGGGAUGUCGAUGAUGAAGAUCUUGAACUGCCCGCCGACCUUGACCUUCCAGCCACGCCCACUGGCGGAGGGGAGGGAUUCUUUGUACCGCCCACUAAAGGCACCAGUCAAGCACAGGUGUGGUGUAACAAUUCCCAAUUACCAGUGGACCAUGUGCUGGCUGGAUCAUUCGAGACGGCUAUGAGGCUGCUACAUGACCAAGUUGGUGUUGUCAACUUUGAAGAAUACAAGCAACUGUUCCUGCAGACAUUUAGCCGUAGUAGGACUUGCUAUCAGGGUAUGCCCUCACUACCGCCACUGUUCGGCUACCCCCACAGAAACUGGAAAGAGGCAGGUGGUCGCAGUGGUGUGCCAGCAGUCGGCCUAAAGUUAAACACCUUAGUCCAACAGUUACAAGUAGCAUAUAACCUCACAACAGCGGGAAAGUUUGGCGAUGCUGCGGACAAGUUCAGAUACAUCCUUCUCAGUGUUCCCUUGCUUGUGGUAGAUACAAAACAGGAGAUUGCCGAGGCGCAGCAGCUAGUUGAGAUAUGCCGCGAGUACAUUGUGGGUCUGUCUAUGGAAAUGAGCAGAAAAGAGCUGCCCAAGGCCUCACUGCAGGAACAAAAAAGGCUAUGUGAGAUGGCAGCAUAUUUCACCCACUGCAAGUUGCAGCCAGUUCACUUGAUUCUCACGUUGCGUACGGCCAUGACUCUGUUCUUCAAGCUUAAGAAUUGCAAGACGGCUGCAUCAUUCGCUAGGCGGUUACUGGAAUUGGGACCUAAACCAGAAAUUGCCACUACAGCCAGGAAGAUUCUAGCUGCAUGUGAGAAGAACCCAACGGAUGAGCAUGAAAUAAAAUAUGACCAGCAUAAUCCCUUUGACAUCUGUGCAGCUUCAUAUACACCUAUAUACAAGGGCAAGCCAGUCGUCAAGUGUCCUCUCAGCGGAGCCUGUUACCUGCCGGAGUUCAAGGGCGAGACCUGCAGAGUUACCAAGGUGACAGAAAUCGGAAAGGAUUGUAUUGGAUUGAGAAUAAGCCAGAUUCAGUUCCGAUAAACAGUGUGCAAUGGAUUUCUAGAAUAACUAACUCUUCAACAGUGGGAUAAUAAUUAUAAAUUUUGAUGGAUGUUUUGGACAAUUAAUAUUUACAAACUAUUUGUGCAUAUUUGUGAGUGUGAUAUGUUUUAUCCGUAAAGCCGAGUGCUUAUCAGCCUAGCGCUUAUUGUUAUUUAUAAGUCAUUUGAUUGAACUUAUACGAAAUUUAUGUGAAUUUUAUCUCCAUUAUGUUUUCGUUUAAGCUAAAUAUAGGCAAUACAUAGCUCGUUGUGUGUUGUCAAUUACACAUGGAAACUGUAGCAUGUAUAACUUUUUUAGAACAAAUACAUACUGAUUAUUUAUGAUUGAGAGGGUUAAAACUUUGAUUUACAACAGAAAUUAAGCAAAAUUCAGUAAAUAUUUCCAGAUUGAAAACGGAAUUAUUUAUAACAUUAAUUCAUAUUAUUUAUUGAAAAUAAAUAUAAAAACUCAAUAAAUG